GCAGCUCGUGAUGCGCAAGAUCUUUAAUUCUUUCCGCGACUUUUUCGCCAUGCCAUUCAUAAAGAAAUUCACACACAUACAGAUACUAUGCCAACAAAUAGACUUUGAAAAUACCUGCCAUUGUGAGUGAUCUUUGUGCCAAGGGCGGAGCUUAAGUGGCUACAGUUGCUGCCAUUUGAGGAAGACGAAAUGUAAAUGGUGAUGCAUAGAGCAUAAUGCAUAGAGCAAACUCGAGGGUUGUUUCGCUCACUCGCUCGCACCAGCCUGCGGCUGCGAAGCUGUCUCAACUCUCAGCGUUAAGGGUGGUGCAGAAACAACCCCUAAGAAUGCCGCUGUCUAUAUAAAGUGAAGAGCAGAGCUCAACAGCAAACCAGUCACACUCCGUCAGCGAUCGUGUUAGGUGCUCAUCCCAACGUAACCUCAAUCUCAACUCAGCUACAGCAAAAAUGUCGCGCUCAUUCCUCAUGGAUUCACUGCUCAGCGAUAUGCCAUCGAACAAGGAAUCAAUUGGUUCUCCAACUGCAGCCAGUGCCACAGCCGCCGCCGCCGUGGCUGCCACAGCCGCAGCAGCUGCCAUGCUGCCGGGCAUUCCCAUGUUGCCGUAUCCAGCCAGCUAUGUGGGCAGCUACCUCUUCUCCCUGGGCAUCCAGCAACAGCAGCAGCAACAACAACAGCAACAGCAGCAUCAACAACAGCAACAAGCAGCGGCUGCAGCUGCCGCCGCCGUACUCCAACAGCCACACGCCUCCCUCUACCAUCCUUAUGCACAAUUCUUUGCAACGAAGCGCAAAUCGAGCAGCCUGAUCAACUAUGAGGAUUGCUAUCCAUCUCCGCCGCUCUCCGCCAAUGCCAUUGCACAUGGUGUGAGUGCACAGCUGCCAUUGCCGGCAAUGCCAUCAUCAGCUGUCUACGGUCUACCGCUUCCCGAUGCCGGUGCCUUCUGCACUUCACCGUCGGCAUCUUCCAGCGCCUCGUUGGACUUCGCCAAUCCUGAUGAGCCUCAAGGCAAACGCUUCAAGCACGAAUCCUCCUGCUCGCCAGCCAGCUCACCCAUCAAAACACAAGCGACUCCCGCCGUGGACAUUACACCGCUAAUCAAUGACUAUGCGGACUCCAGCAAACGCAUUCGCACCGCCUUCACCAGCACUCAACUCUUGGAGCUGGAGCGUGAGUUCUCGCACAAUGCGUAUUUGUCCCGUCUGCGCAGAAUCGAGAUUGCCAAUCGGCUGCGUCUGUCGGAGAAGCAGGUGAAGAUCUGGUUCCAGAACCGUCGCGUCAAGCAGAAGAAGGGCGGCUCCGAGAGUCCCACUUUCAAUCUCUCAGCCAACUCCAGCAGUCCACAGACUUCACCAACGACCAAGAUCAGUGCGUAGAAUUCGCCGAGACUUUAGCACGUUAUUUGUACAGUAUUUCUAAGUUGUUGCGAUCAUAGACUAAGCUUAGUUGUAAUAUAAAUA